GAAGACUUCAUGGAUAUCUGCAUUGAAGCAGAUACUGUCAGCAAAGGAGAGUUUGUAAACAGAGGAAGUCAAAAGAUGCGUGAUCCACAUACGUGCCCUGAAGGGAGUCAGCACAUCCAGGCCAGCAGAUGCAUCUUGCAACUUCCAGAGGGCACCGAGGGAUCCUUUGGCAUUGAUAAUGAGGAGUAUGAAGCUAUGCCUGUGGAGGUGAAGCUAUUACCCCGGAAACUCCAGUUCUUCUGUGAUCCCAGAAUGAGAGAGCAGAUGCUCCAUGCAGCAGUACAAUGAGAAUUCAUGUCGAAGGGGCCAGUGUUUACCAGUCUUAUCAGGGUCUCUUCAAGGCACAUGAGACCUCACUAACGUGAUUAACCCCACCAGACUAAUAAGCCAUUUGGCUAUUUUUUAUGCACAAGGUACUUCCAUUGGAAGUGGCUGAUUUGACUAGUCUCAAAGGGGUUAAAAAGGCAAAUGAAAAUUCUGAGAAGUGCAUGUUGACUUGAUGGCAUCUUGUUUUUUCCCCAAAGAAGUCAUCAGUGUUUCAUUUACAGCACUGCAGGCUGAGUGCUGUCUGCCAGAUGUUACUGCUUUAAUGCAAUUGUAUAUUAAAGUAAAAU